GCCCAGAUCGACUCGUAGAGACUAAUCGUGGCUUUCCAGACGAUGUUGAUCGCGAGAUACAUCUGGCGAUGUGAUGUAACGGAAGUGGUCAUGUCGAAUGAAGAAAAGAUCCUGUCUGGCGUCGUAAGUUGUCAGAAUGCCAACAUUUGUCAAGCUUUGAAUGAUAAGCAGUUUAUGCAGUAGCGCAUAGACUUUGAGUGUGCGGCUGAUAGUAUGGUCACGGUGGAGGAGGGGAGUCGUGGCGCAUGUUUUCGCUGCGUACCUAUCUCGUAUGUGUACUCAAUCUGCUUUAGAAUAGUCACGUAAUGUUCCGUGUCGAUUCUUUUCUGUGUUAAAUGGCGUAGUUCAAUCACCGCACGACUAGAUCAAGGCCGACCAGGGUCUUUGGGCACGACGAUAGCUCUCUCCAGGUGUCAGCUUAUCCACAUCCCCCGUGGAAGCUCUUUAUACUUGUGCUUCGUUACAAGUAUAAAGGAGCAGGGAUUCGGGAUCACGACAUUGUUUUGCCAUUGGGGAUAGGGGCAGACGAUGCUCAACCUUGACUAACAGCAGUUUACCGGCUUGUUGAUCUCGAUUCCAUCUUCAAGUUUGCUGGCAUUCGAGGCCACAAGUCCAGAGCACUUUCAAGCUUUUACACACAAUUAGAGAGAUGGAGCGCCUCGUAGUUGUACUGAUGGCGGCGGCGGUUUUGCUGUCGUCUACUGUUGUAAAGGCAGCUUUACCACCUGACAACGUUUCAGUUCAAUGGAAUCUUCUCCUUAACGGGCUCAUUUGCAACGUCACUGGUUAUCACGAUCCCAUUAUUAUUCAAACUGGUAUGAAUCUAGCGCAGUGGCAUGGGUUGUUGGCCUUGAAACAGACGGGGGGCUGCACUAAGCCAGAGGCCGUGAUCGCAUACGCCAGUAGAGAAAUCCUUGCAAAUUACUUUCCUCAGCAACAGGAUCGCGUACUUGACCCAUUCCUUGCAGCCAAACUUGUGGCUUUGAAACUAUCUAAAUCAGAAAAGAAGCUGGCGAAGAGGUUGGGCGAAGCUGUGGCGCGUCGCCUCCUAAGUAAACGCGAAAUUGCUUACGAGUUCGCUCUCGACGAACUCAGGGACGCAAUCAAUGCUCGUCAGGCAAACCCGACGCCCGGACUAAUUCGAUUCCUGCCAAACGACCCAGUCUUCGGUCCAGAUGCAUUCUUUGUUACACACAACAUAGCCUUACAGCAGCCCUACGUAAUACCAGACCCCGUCAAAUACGUCGAGGAACAUCUGGGCGACCUUAAGCCGAUGAAGGUCCCAUCCGACGAGUGGGACGUUCAAUACGAUUUUCUCAAAGACAUAGGUCGGAUCGAUUGGCCGGGACGCACGUACGACAUGAACUACACCGCCAGCCUUUACUUGUGCGGGCGCGCGAACACAACCUACUGUUUAAUCAUCGGAAGUUUCUGGACGGUCGCCACCAUCAACAUCUUACCAGCUAACACAACCCUCUACGAUAUCGUUGAGACAUUCGCAAAGGUCAGCGUGGCUCUUCACGACGCACUAAUCGUGGUGGCGCAACAGAAGGAUGGGUACUGGUUCUGGCGACCCCAGAUGGCGUACGAAGCUGGAGAUGCUCGUCACCAACCGUGGCCGACUUGGACACCCUACGGUAGAGUGAUCUUCACUGGUGAGUACCCAAGUGGGACCACCAUGAGCUACGGCGCUGCAGCAACUGUCUUGCAGAGCUACUUCGGAAAAAAGAAAGUCCCAUUCACGGUUGACGGAGGCGGCGUUUUCGAGGGCACUUCGUGCUACUUAGCCGGUACUAAAGUGAAGUCAAGACGGUUUGAAUCUCCAUGGGCAGCCGUGGAAGAGGCGAAACUGGGCAGAAUGUACGUCGGAUCCCAUUACAAAUUCUCUGUUGACGAUGGUGCCGAAGCAGGACGAAGAGUCGCGGAGUAUGUUCUGAAGCAUUGGGGAGAUCGUCCGGCGUCUGGUGUGCUUCCGGACAGUGAGUAUUUGAAUGUGUAUGCUGAACUUCCGAAGAAGUCAGGCGACUGGAACCCUCUCCAGUAUAGGUACUGAUCGUCAAGUAGAUUCAUAAUCGUCACGGGAGUAUGCCCUGGCUGAAUUCCAUCUGCAGGAAAUCGCUACUAGAUCGAUUUGUGCUGCUCUCUUUUUCUCAUAACAUACUAAAGUGACCAGUCAUUGUAGAUAAGUAACACGCCGAGGACGGUUUGAAAGCUUUCAGAGUUUUGUUUAUGAUCCACAGAGGUUGCAAAUCCUCUACUGACAGCCUUGUGUGGAAUCGACAGCCAAUACCCUUUUUCUUUUCUUUUCUUUUGUUUUUCAAUUUUAAUUUUCGCUAGAUAGCACCUUAGCUUGCUUCACAUAUCUUCGGAUGCUUUGUGUCUAAACGUCACUUCUAGAAGUUUCUUCUCGGAUUCAAUGUGAAAAUAAGCUAUAGCACUAUGUAAUGACUACAUACAAAAAUGAAUGCUUCAACAUUGUGAAAUA